UAUGCACAUUGAUUGGCGAAGCGAUGGAGGGCGACAAGGAGUUGUUGCGCUCACUGGGGAGCACGAAGCAAGCACCUGACUUCCUUGGAGACCUGGCACCGCCACUGACGACCGACUGGGUAUAUAACCCGUACAGGUGCUCGGGAGGUACGCAAGGCCGGUGGACAGUCAACCGACUCAUCAUGCUGAAAUACGCUGUCAUCUGUGGCCUGGUGGCCUUGGCUUGCGCCCGACCCCAAGAAGAAGCACACAACGGCGCCAUCAAGCCCCAAAGCCCGGCGAAGCCCGUGCCGGCGAUGAUUCCCGCGCCAGAUGCCAUGCCGGGGGCCGACCUUGACACACAGCCGACGACAUUCUACAAGUCCUUCGGCUUCGGCGUGGGGCCCUUCUACAAACGCUUCCACAUCGGAGGGCACCCCGGCUACGGGCACCAUUACAACUACGGAAACAUUUACGGCUACCCGCAGCAGCAGCCCUACUACGGCCAUGUUCCUCAGUACGUCUGGUAGUGCAUUAUACCACACGUUUACCAACAGCGUCUUCUGGGUCCAGCCGCUACCACACUACCAGCCUAAUGAACCCAGACGCACAUACCCCGGGGGAGUUCCCGGAACAAGAGCCUCUAUUGCGACAGUGAUCCCGCCAGUGUUGCUUACGUCAUUUGCAUGAUUUGGAUCGAUGCGUGUCUCGGGUCAAAAUGAGUUCGCUGGACUCUGCUGCCUUCGAUGCGCGGCACGCUUUGGAGCCCCUGCAACCGACAAGAUGCAGCGGGGACGGGGACGUCAGGUCGGCCUACUCCGGCUUCAGCCAUCUUGACGCAUCCUUAUCUGAGAGACGCGGUCUACAUGAGUUACCUCUGCUGCAAAGUCAGCUCGGGUAGUGAUCUCAUGGUAGUGGGAAGCACGUGGUCCCGGGCUGUUUCGGCUGGCAAUAAACGGGCGUGUCAGA